CCUCGGAAAAAGUCAUACUAUACAUUGAAUGAAACAACUAUAGUAUAACUUCAUCUCAUCUUAAUGUAACUCUAUAUACUUAUUAGUAUUAAAGAUGGGUAAUGGGUAAUGUCAGACUAUUCCUAUUUCAGUAAUUGUUCAAUUCCAUCAAUCAAUUUGCGACAUACGUCAUAUCUAUAUAUUCAAUCUAGGACUUUUAUGUCUCGUAUAUUAGACACACUUCAACCUUUCAGAUAUCCUUAUAUAACUAUAGAUCUAACUUACUUGGAUAACCAUAUCAAUUACUCUGUUUGAUAACAUCUUCUUAAUUUAACGGUUGUAAUAGUAUUACUGAGUUCCCUUACCUGCAUAUAAUUUUCAUUCCUAAAUAGGAAAUGCGGCUCAAAUCUUUGUCGUUUGCGGUUCAACAACCAAAAAUCAUCCAUCCCCCUUGGCAAACCAUUGGCCACCAACCAUCAUCCAUUUCAAUCUGAUUCAUCAUCAUUGUCAAUGCUAGUUAGUAGAUCGUCUAGAAUCUUAUUCAAUCAAUCCAUUAACUACUACAAACCAAUUGCCCUUUCAAAUCGCAAUUACAGAUCCUUUUCCUCCUCAUUAAGAACCAUGUCUGCUACUCAAAUUGAAACCAUCUCUGAAGGUGAUGGUAAAACUUUCCCAAAACCAGGUGAUACCGUCACUAUUCAUUAUACUGGUACUUUAGAAAACGGUAAGAAAUUCGAUUCUUCCAGAGAUAGAGGUAAGCCUUUCACUUGUACCAUUGGUGUUGGUCAAGUUAUUAAAGGUUGGGAUUACGCUAUUCCAAAAUUAUCAGUAGGUCAAAGAUCAAAAUUAACUAUACCUGGUAAUGAAGCUUAUGGUGAUAGAGGUUUCCCAGGUUUAAUUCCACCAAAUGCUACUUUAAUCUUUGAUGUUGAAUUAUUAGGUGUCAAUUAAAUCUAUUUAUAGUA